UUUUUUUCUGAGAGAGUGAUAUGACUGGAGUCUUCAUCUCAUGUAAGUGUACAUCAUUUUAAUGUGUUUAAAAAAUGCUAAUGAUUUUUUUUAAACCUACACUAUGGACCCUUUGAUUUUGUUUGUUUUUUAAAUGAACAAUUUAAAGGGGACCUAUUAUGCCCCUUUUACAAGAUAUAAUAAAAGUCUCUGGUGUCCCCAGAAUGUGUCUGUGAAGUUUCGGCUUAAAAUACCCCACAGAUCAUUUAUUAUAGCUUGUCAAAUUUGCCACUAUUUGGGUGUGAGCAAAAACACGCUUUUUGUGUGUGUCCCUUUAAAUGCAAAUGAGCUGCUGCUCCCGGCCACUUUCCUGAAGAGGGCGGAGCUUUAACAGCUCAUGCUUCAGUUGCUCAACAACAACAAAGCUGGAGAAUCUCACGCAGCCAAAAUGAGGAUUGUCAGUAACGGUGUUCAGCCUUACAUUGUUCAAACCGGAGUCGACACUGAUGGAGAGACUCAGGAAGAAGUUACAACUUUUAGAAUGAAACUGGAUGUUUCUGAAUGGAUAAAUUUAUGUAGUUGCUGUGGAGUUGAUUCAACUCAUCCACUAGCAUGUGCCGUCAUGUUAAUCUUUUGUGCAAAUCCAGCGUUGAAUUGACCCUCGUUUGUGAAGCAGUCCGGUGUAAAAUGACAGUAUGGUAACAACAAUCUACAACAACUCUUCCUCUUCUCUAAAGCAGCCCAACAUGGCCUCACCCGCUUUGUUGCGUGUUCCCGGGGGCAGGGUUUAUGUAAAUUUUAGUGAUGUUACACCCUGGAAGAAGCUUGUUGUAGUCUUUAAACAGAGAAUUCUUUAAAAGAAAAUAUCUCCCUUUGCAUUGAACUUUGAGCGUCGUAACUGCAGAAGUUGUUUAUGUUCAAACAGCAACAUUACACACUAACUAAAGUUUAAAAAGUGAAAUCUUGAUCAAACACCCCUUUAAAUAAUUAGUCAAUACAUCACUCCUUUCAAAACGUGUUUUUUGUCUUAGCCUGAUUUACUAUGGUAAGCCUAUUAUGUUUAUAUUUUAGACCUGUCGGGAUGGUUUUCGCGGGAAAUUGCGUACGUAUGUCACUCGCCCAUGCGUGUGUUUUCCCAGGAAAACACGUGUCUAUUAAAACAAAAAAACAAAACAAUGUUCUUCCGCAAAAUGCAUGCAGUUUUAUUUUUUAACUGCUACAGGGUCAAAAGUUACAUUGUGCACCUUUUAAUUGCAAAAAUAAAUAAAAAAAAUACGGAGAGCACCAUUUAAGUGUUUUUAAAAAGUGCAUUUACAAAAAUAAAUAGAAGAAAUAAAUGCCAGUGCACCUAAAAUGAAAAAAUCAAGAAAUUUGAAUUGAGUAUUUUGAUACUUAGCUUUAGAUGUGUAGAACAAAUACUUAUGCUUGAGAAAUAUCAAUACAGACAUUCAUAAAAAGGUUCUUAUCCGGUCUGAGCUGUAAAAGGUGCAUUUGUUGCAAUUCCCUGCAGUAGAGAUGCGAUGGUUUUCAACGCGCCAUGUGCAGCAGCAGUAUUAUGAAUGAUGUGCGCUCCUCUCCUCUCUCUCUCCUCUGAUUGGUCAGACUCGGUCUAUAAAGCAUUUGAUCCAACUACAGCUGUCAGCGCGCGCUGUGGGCAAGGCUGGAGACAUGCGUUCGUGUGUUUGUGGGAUCCUGUGCUUGACAUCUCUUACAACUGUGUUGUGUAGUUUGCAUCCCGAGUGUGAAUAUAUUUUUCAGUUGGCAAGAGAUGAACAGCGGUGUCUGCGAGAGAUCACAGAACUUGGGAACCUCAGCAGUUUCUCAGGUUGCCUGCCAGUAUGGGACUCUGUAUUGUGCUGGCCCAGAGCUGCAGUGGGUGAGACCGUCCACUCACCCUGUCCGGCUGUUUUCUCUCUCUUCAACAACAACACUGGUAUAGUGAGUCGUAACUGCAGCGCUGGAGGCUGGUCACGGCCGUUCCCUCCUUACCAUGAGGCCUGCAGUGUUGAGGACGACAUCCCAGAGGAGUCGUAUUUUGCCACUGUGAAACUGAUCUACACUGUUGGUUAUGGAGCGUCACUGCUCUCUCUCUCUGUUGCCGUGGUAAUACUGCUGCUCUUCAGGCGAUUACACUGUGCUCGAAACUACAUCCACAUGCAGCUGUUUUUCACCUUCAUCCUGAAAUCUGUGGCUGUUUUUAUCAAAGAUGCUACGCUGUUCUCCGGUGACGACACAGAUCACUGCACACUCUCUACAGCAGCCUGUAAGGCGUCUGUGGUGUUUUGUCAUUAUUGCAUCAUGACUAAUUUCUUCUGGUUGCUGGUUGAAGCCGUGUAUCUGAACUCGCUGCUGGUCUCUGCCUUCCCGCGCAGCCGCCGCUGUCUGUGGAGUUUCGCUCUGCUGGGCUGGGGUGUUCCGCUGGUCUGCAUCAUCCUCUGGAUCUGCUCCAGAGUGUAUUUUGAGGACACAGAGUGCUGGGACAUAAAUGAAGAUUCUCCUUAUUGGUGGAUCAUCAAGGGUCCCAUUGUAGUAUCUAUAGGGGUGAACUUCCUUCUCUUCAUGAACAUUAUCAGGAUUCUGGUGCAGAAACUAAACCCUCGCUUGAUCCAGUUCAACAAUUCGGCUCAGUACAGGCGACUGACCAAGUCCACCCUCCUCCUCAUCCCUCUCUUCGGCACUCAUUACAUGGUCUUCAGCUUUCUCCCAGACUACUUCAACGUGAGCCUGCGGCUUUGCAUCGAGCUGUGUCUGGGCUCCUUCCAGGGUCUUAUUGUGGCAGUUCUGUACUGUUUCCUGAACCAGGAGGUUCAGAAUGAAAUACGCUCACGAUGGAUUCGAUAUCAAGAUGGGAGUUAUGUUGUUGUCCCUGUUGGAGCUAAAGGAAGUCAGAUGGACACUCCUUUCUAGAGUCACUAAAACUCAUCAGUGCCUCCAUAAAACACUUACAUCUGAAUGAAACACUGUUUUUCUGUAUGCAAUUUGUAUUGCUUGGUUUAUAUGACAACAAAUGACUUAAAGUGAGAUCAUCCCCAUUAACCUGCAACAGUGACACCAAAAGUAUUCUGCAGUUUUAAUAGUGGCUUAAGUGUUCAAAUACUGUACAUUUGGGCUGCAGGAUAUCUGUGAAUUAUACACUCAAAACAAUUAAUUAGAGAAAUACAUAUGUUCAAAAAAUGUGACUACUGGAAUUUAUCAUUGCAAAACUGUUGUCAAAUUGCAGUGGCCAAAAGUGUUGUCUGGCCUAAGAUAAUUGACAUUUUCACUCUUUAUAGAAAUAUUAUUAAAAAUGUGAUAAAGAUGUUAUAAGCAUAUUGCAUUGUUGUGUUUGGGUCAAUUGUGUUGUUUGUGACAACGCAAUGAAACAUGCUGAAAAGUCAAUGUGUGUUUUUUCCUGUGAGCUUUUUGUUUUUCUAUGCAUUUUCUUUACAUAGUAAAAUAAAACCUGUAGCUGUAAUUUUUUUUUUUUUUUUUGCCAAUUUUUUUGUCAGAUGCUUACCUCAUAUUUAAAAUAUUUUCCUCAUAUUUUGAUGGUUUAAUUGAACUUGUAGGGUAAUUCAAAACAAAUAUCCCCUCUGGACAUCACUUUUGGCCACAACUGUGUAUGUAUAUAUGUAUGUAUUUAACAUUUCUUUAUGUAUUUAACACUUGUAAAGAUUGAUAGAUUCAUGGGUUUCUGAGUGAGAUAUGUGGUAACCCCGGUCACGUCACAUGUUUUUAUUAAACUACAAUUUCUGUUGGCCAAAACAGUGGUUUGAUAUUUUUGUAUGUUACCUUUUUCAUUUUUAUUUAAUGGGUUGUUUUGUUUUUCAUUCCAAUUUCCUUCCCAUUGUGACAACUUACCCCAUAUAGUGUGACAACAUGCCCUGCAAUUUAUGCAACAUAUGUUCAAGAAACUGUAUCUUUUUUUUUCUGCAAUAACAGUGUAAAUGUUCAAAAGCAUCUUUGUAGCGAAGACUGAUACUGUACGUGUCUAUACAGACACUUUUUUGCAUUCUGCUGUUUGAUUGUUUCUAGGUCACUCAAAAAUCAACGAAUUACUGAAAUGUCGCAGCUACUGAGAGCAGAAAUUGUUUUACUCAGUUUAUUGUCAGUGUCACUGCAGAAUAGAAGACAUUUGCAGAUAUGGAGCCGCUGGUAUUGAGAGCUGUCUUAUAUUUCUCAACAUAUCAGAACAAACAAAAAACAGUGAUUAUAGCAUCUGCUCUACACUGUUCCUCCAUACUCAAGUAAUUCACCUUCUCUGAACAUGUCAGAUGUGCUGAACUGUGGAGUGUUUUUGUUUGUCAACGUUACUUCCAAAGACUUCUGUUGUGUUGCUUUAUAUGUAGCCUUCUCGUCUCGUCUUUUCUCUUCUCAUCUUAUCUCUUUUCAUCUUGUCUUUUCUCUUCUCGUCUUGUCUCUUCAAGUCUUUUCUCGUCUCAUCUAGUCUCAUCUCAUCUUGUCUCUUCUCGUCUUUUCUCGUCUCAUCUUGUCUCUUCUUGUCUCUUCUAGUCUUGUUUCAUCUCGUCUCUUCUCAUCUCAUCUUCUCGUUUGGUCUCUUCUAGUCUCUUCUCGUCUCGUCUUUUCUCAUCUUGUCUCUUCUAGUCUCUUCUCAUCUUUUCACUUCACUUCUCGUCUCUUCUAGUCUUUUCUUGUCUCAUCUUUUCUCGUCUUGUCUCUUCUAGUCUCAUCUUGUCUUUUCUCGUCUUGUCUCUUCUAGUCUCAUCUCAUCUUUUCUCGUCUUGUCUCUUCUAGUCUCAUCUUGUCUCUUCUCAUCUCCUAGUUUCUUCUUAUCUCGUCUUUUCUCUUCUUGUCUUGUCUCUUCUAGCCUCUUCUCGUCACAUCUUUUCUCUUGUCUCUUUUAGUCUCUUCUUGUCUCUUCUAGUCUCUUCUCGUCUUUUCACUUCUUGUCUUGUCUCUUCUAGUCUCUUCUCGUCUCAUAUUUUCUCGUCUUGUCUCUUCUAGUCUCGUUUUGUCUCUUCUAGUCUCAUUUUGUCUCUUCUCGUCUCUUCUAGUCUCAUCGUGUCUUUUCUCUUCUCGUCUUGUCUCUUCCCUCCUCGUCUCUUCUAGUCUCUUCUCUUCUCAUCUUUUGUCUUGUCUCUUUUAGUCUCUUCUCGUCUCUUCUAGUAUCUUCUCGUCAUUUCUCUUCUCGUCUCCUUAUCUCGUCUUGUCUCUUCUCGUCUCGUCUCUUCUCAUUUCAUCUCUUCUAGUCUCAUCUCAUCUUGUCCCUUCUCAUCUCGUCUCUUUUCAUCUAGUCUUUUCUUGUCUCUUCUCCUCUCGUCUCUUUUCGCUUCUCUUCUCUCUACUUCUUGGCUCUUCUCUCUUAUCUUAUUUUUCUUCUCUUCUCAUGUCUUCUCUUCUCGUCUUGUCUCUACUUGUCUGUUCUCAUCUCUUCUCUGCUCAUCUCUUCUGUUCUCUUUUUUUUUCUCUUGUCUCAUCUCUGCUCCUCUCUUCUAGUCUCUGCUUGUCUUCUGUUCUUGUUUUUUCUGUUCUUGUCGCAUCUCUUCUCUGCUUGUCUCCUCUCGUCUCAUCUGUGCUCGUUUCUUCUCGUCUCUUCUAGUCUCUGCUUGUGUCUUUACUUCUGUUCUCGUCUUGUCUGUUCUUGUCUCAUCUCUUCUCUGCUCAUCUCUUCUGUUCUCGUCUUUUCUCUUGUCUCAUCUCUGCUCGUCUCUGCUUGUGUCUUUACUUCUGUUUGCAUCUUUUCUCUUUAUGUCUCAUCUCUUCACUGCUUGUCUCCUCUCGUCUCAUCUCUGCUCGUUUUUUCUCAUCUCGUCUUGUCUGGUCUCUUCUCUUCUCACCAAAUGUGCAGUUAUACUCUAUUGCCUAUAAACAGCUAUUAAAAUUAUUGUAAAAGUCUUUUGUAUAAAUGCUAUAUUUAUAAUGUAUGUAUUUUCCUUCUGUUAUACAUUAUUUUGUUUCCACGUUUUUGAGUGGCCUUAAGUGUAUUAAUCCAUCAAAUCAUCAGAGUGCAUUACAGAGAUGGAAAUAUUAUUCAAUUUUAUUAUGUAUUAGGCAUACCUGUGUAAUGGAUUUUGUGUGUGUGUGUGUGUGUGUGUGUGUGUGUGUGUGUGUGUGUGUUAAAUAGUGCAGUUAAGCUGAUGUCGUCAUAUAUGUGCUUAUGUUAUAUGCGUAAACAAGCUGGCACAAUGUGUACAUGUACCUAUUUUUGAGCUCAAGUGCUCUUAAUCUUUUGCUUUAAUGUCUGACAUGUAAUUACCUUUUAUUAAAACAGGAAAAACAUACAUAAAUGUCUUCAUGGCCUUCAGAAAUCUUUAAAUGACAGCUAGUGUUGUCCGUCAGUAAUAAACAGUGACCUCUGCUGGUCAAUAGGCUAUAUCACACUACUAUUUACUCACCGUAGUUAUUUUAAAGACGUUUAUUUUUUAAAGGCCUUAGGAGUGUUUUUUUUUUUUUAUGUAAUCAAGUCUUUUUUCUUUUUUUUUCUUUUUUUUUUACAUACAGUUAUAACUAAAUUGAGUAGCCGACAGAACUAAAUCAGAACUGGACUUCCUAGCACUAGGAAGUCCAAUUAAUUUUAGUGAAUUGAUUCUUUCAGACGGUCAGUUCAGUGAACUGAUUCACCGCGUUUUUUAAAAUUAGUUUAUAGCCUAUAGCUUGCCUGACAUGUGCUUUCUUUUAUUUAAACAGACUAAUACGUUGUUAAUUAACAAUAUUAAUGAUAUCCAUUAAUUAUUUUAACUAGUACUUGUAUUAUUUUCCUCAAUAUUUUUAUCAACAUUCCCCCGUCCUUCAUUACAGUUUUAAAUUAAAACAAUCUCACCUGUUACAGUUAAACGCUUUGUGAAUCGGUUCGACCAAAACAUUUAAAAAGAAUCGGCUCAGCAUUAGCUUGUUAAUAAUAAUAUUAAAUAACGACGCCAAUUAUUAGUAAUAGCGUAA